AUGGACCUUGAAUUUUUGCAAGAGGAAAAAUGGCCGAAGUUGGGGAACACAGCUGGCGAACCUGCUAAGAAGUUGCAUGAAUGGUGCGGAAAAAUUUUCCACCUUCUUCUGUCCUUGGCAGAUAGGGUAAAACAGCUAGAAGCAAAGGAUAAAGAAAAUUUACUAGAAAUUGUAACAUUGAAGCAUGAUCUUGAGUCAACGAAGAAAGAAGCAGCUAAACUCAAUGUUAAUACCCAAUCAUGGGUUGAUGUUGUCACCAGGGGUACGAAAAAUGCUAAAAAUCCAGUAGAACAGCUAAUGAUGGCUAACACCACUAUUAGUGAAUUACAAGAGAGGGAGAAGAGAAAGAAAAACAUCAUUAUCUACGGGGUACCAGAGUCUUCUGCUCCAAAUCCAACAGAUAAAAGAACUGAAGAUGAAGCGAAAACCAAAAAAAUAAUGAAGGUGGUAGAUAAAGUAAAUAUUAAGGCGGCAUACUCAAAAAGAUUAAGAUCAAAGGAUACAACUAAACCAAGUCCAUUACUGGUUGAUUUGACAGAUGCAAGUCUGAGAAAUCCAGUUCUCCUUGCUGCCAAAAAAUUCAGAGACGUUGAAGGAUUCAAAUCUGUCUAUAUAUCUCCAGAUUUGACAGAAGCUGAGAGACAACUGGACUAUAAAUUAAGGCAACAUCGAAACAGUUUAAAUGCAGAACUUGGUGCGGACUCGCCCUUUCGAUAUAGCACUUUUUCAAACAGACACAAAACGCUACACUGCAUGUAUUUCAAUGCUACUUCACUGGAUAAUAAAAUGGACAAAUUUAGAGUUGUUAUUGAGACGCAUCAUCCAUCAAUUAUUGGUGUUAGUGAAACAUGGUUUAAAGACAGCCCAAUCGUUAACAUAAACAACUUUAAAGUGUAUAGAAAAGAUAGAAAUGACGGACGCUGUGGUGGUGGAAUGUGUUUGUUUAUCAACUCACCUUUUAAUUCAUAUGAGGUCACAGAUGGUGUUUUUAGUAGAAGCAAUGUUGAACAAGUGUGGGCAGUAAUUUAUUUUGAAAAUGGUAAAUAUUUAAUUGGCUGUAUCUAUAGACCAGAUUAUUUUGUGGAUAUGGAUGAUCUCGAACUAGUUUUAAAACAGGCUAAAAGUUAUGUUAACGGAAAAGGUUUUAAAGAUGUCCUAAAAAUGGGAGAUUUUAAUUUCCCAUUUAUAGGUUGGUCAAAUGGAUCAAUUGUUUCAAUAAAAAAUGUUAGUGGCAUUGAACAUAAAUUCAGCGAUAUAAUCAGUGAGACAUUCUUCUAUCAACAUGUCGAUGUACCAACAUUUCAAAAAUCCAGCGGUGUGACAGAGAAUAUUUUGGAUUUGAUUUUCACAAAAGAAUCGGGUAACAUAUGCUCUGUGGAUCCAAUUUUUGUCCUUGGCAAUAUCAGUCAAGGUCACUUGAUUUAG